GGGUAAAUAGAACGCUCCGAGCGGAAGUUGUUGUCCAGUUUUUGACAGCGUCAAAGUAUUUUGUUUGUACAUUUCCGGCUUUAAUCGUAUAUAUUGAAUUUUAACUCUGGAGGAGGCGGUGGCAUUGUUAGAAGUUUAUUUAGUUGUAAUGAUAAUUUCAUUUUCUUGGGCUAUUUAUUUUUUAUUCGUGUCGAAGCCCUUGUUUGGUAAAAACUAGCUAGGCUAACGAUGGCCCAAUGACAAGUCACGAACUGCGACAGCAGAGCUCUAAACAGUUUUUCUGCUUAGGUAAACAAAGUUAGAGAGCAGAUGGAUUUCUCAAAGUUUUUGGGUGAUGACUUCGAUGUGAAGGAGUGGGUGAACGGCGCCUUCAAAGUGGUGCAAAAGGACGUGCCAGGAAAACCAGAUACGCACGCAGCCACUCUGGUCAUGAAACUGCAACUGUUCAUCCAGGAGGUCAACAAUGCUAUUGAGGAGAGCAGUAAUCAGGCCCUCCAGAACAUGCCGAGGGUGCUGCGGGAUGUUGAUGCUGUAAAACAGGAGGCUUCCUUCCUGAAGGAGCAAAUGGUGUUGGUCAAAGAAGACAUCCAAAAGUUUGAGCAAGAUACUGUGCGAUCGAUGCAGGUUCUGGUGGAGAUAGAUCAGAUUAAAAGUCGUAUGCAGGUGGCAGCAGAUGCCUUACAGGAGGCAGACAAAUGGAGCACACUGAGUGCAGACAUCGAGGAGACCUUUAAAACACAGGACUUUGCAGUGAUCUCGUCCAAGUUGACUAGCAUGCAGAACAGCCUGGCAAUGUUAGUCGACACUCCUGACUACUCUGAAAAGUGUGUGCAUCUGGAGGCACUUAAAAAUAGGCUGGAGGCUCUGGCCAGUCCACAGAUAGUGGGAACUUUUAACUUGAUGUCUUUGGAUCAGGCCAAGCUGUUUGUAAAAGUCUUCACUGAAAUAGACAGAAUGCCACAGCUUCUGGCCUACUACUAUAAGUGCCACAAGGGCCGUCUGGUCAGCAUAUGGCAAGAGCUGUCUCAGAGUGAGCACAGUCUGAAUCAGCAGCUGUCAGAGUUCUAUGACACUUUAGUCUCCACAUGGCACAGCCAGCUACAGUGGAGCAGCCAGGUGUUCAAAAACCCAUGCGAGGUGGUGACAGUGUUACUCAUUCAAACUCUGGGAGCCAUGGUGCCAUCCAUCACCGUGUGUCUUGGCACAGUCAUGGAGAGGGCAGCUCAAGAGGAACGUCUUGAAAUCCUGCUGGAGCUGCAUCAAACCACAGUCACCUUUGCCCACAGCCUGGAGACGGCCAUGCUGCCUAAUCUCGGUAAAAAUAACCUGCUGAAAGUGACCGAGUUGGUUUGCACACUCUACGACCCCUUUAAGUCCUAUCAGCUGCAGUAUGGCGAUCUGGAGGAAGGUCUUCUACUCGUCCAACUCAGUGCCGUACCUUUGGAACAUGGGGAGAUUAUUGACUGUGUAGAAGAGUUGGUCCACUCUGUCGGCAAAGUGUUUGGCCUGGCCAAUGCUUCUGUGGAGCGUUUCGUCAAGCUGACCGAUGGACUAGCAGUCUGUGGUCUCGUUAAAGCUCUCAAAGCUCUAUUUACCAAGUACAUAUCGGACUUUUCCAGAACACUACAGUCGAUCAGAAAAAAGUGUAAAUUGGACGAGACGCCAAGUUUAUCUGUUUUCCAGGAGGACUGGACAGCUUUCCAGAAUUCCGUUAGAAUUAUUUCCGCGUGUGGGGAAUUAUUAAGACAGUACGGAGCCUUUGAACAGCAUCUGUCAAACAAAAUUCUAAGUACAGCGGGUAAAUACUUGUCAGAUUCAUAUAGUCCUCGUAGUCUGGCAGGAAUCCAGGAGGUUAGCUCUGCAGAGUGGAAGAGCACCACCAAGAACCCCUGGCAGGAGUACAACUACCUCCAGAGGGGCAACACAGCUGAGUACAACAACUUCUUGGAAGUCCUCUACUCAAUAAAGGAGAAAGGAACAGGAAAUUCCAGCCUUUUAGUUGAACCCCGUGCAAAUGUGACCAGACUCAACCAGCAGGCCAUUCAGCUUGCCUUUGAUUCCGUCUUUCUGCAGAUUAAACAUCAACUCUGCCUUAUCUCCAAAAUGGAGAAUCAAGAGGUGCCUAGACUUGGAGAGAACUACACAGAGGACCUGCCAACGUUCAGCCUGUCUCCUCAGGAAUACAUUGCAAAUAUAGGGCAGUUUCUGAUGUCUCUGCCUUUGCACCUGGAGCCAUUCGUGACCCAGGAGGACCAGGCGUUAGAAAUGGCGUUACAUGCUGGGAAGCUCCCUUUCCCUCCGGAACAAGGUGACGAACUUCCCGAGCUGGACAACACAGCCGACUACUGGCUCGGCUCAAUCGCCCGUGCAACGAUGCAGACCUACUGUGAUGCCAUCCUGCUCAUUCCACAACUCAGUGCCCACUCCACCAAACAGCUGGUCACUGAUAUUGACUAUCUCAGCAAUGUGAUGGACGCUCUCGGCCUGCAACCUUCCCGCACCCUGCAGCACAUAGUCAGUCUGUUGAGAGCCAAACCAGAGAACUACAGACAAACAGCCAAACUGCUGCCACGUCGCCUGGCCACUACCAUCGCUGCUCUCCGAUCCAUUGACUACUAACCCGUUGAGACGAAAGGACACUUUUGGUAUAAAGGAGGGAGACCGAGUCAUUCCUGGAUUGUUUCCAUUUGGGCAUUUUAGAGUUAUUCUUUUAUGAAGAAAUCAAAGUUAAGGUUGGUUAAGGUAGGUUUUUUUUUUUUUUUUAAUACCAAACUAAGCGAUGUCAGGGUGGUGAUCAUGCUUUUUACUGUAGACAAAGUCAAAGCAUCUUGGUUUUUUUGUUUUAGUUGUCUAAUGGGGUCAUGCGUUCUGAUCAGGGCUCUGGUGUCAGCAUUUGAAAUUAAGCUCUUAUCUAAAUAAAUGUCAUUGAUAAGCUCUUCUAACAAUGUAAUGGAUAUAUAAUUAAUUAUAUUUCUGGGAAAAAGCCUAACUUUGUCACUAUUAUUUAUCAACAUCAAGGAUUGUCUAACAGUGAGUUUUUAGAUUGAACUAGAGAGCUUGUCCGCUCCCCUUCCUUCUCAUGUGUUUGAGAAAGGCAUGCCGUGACUUUCGCAGAAGGGUAAAAAAAUGUCAUUUGUAUACACAUUGUCAUGCAAAUCACAUUCAGGAAGUUUGAAAACUGUCAGUAAAAGUAAUAAAUAUAACAUGUCUUCGUUCUCUCCUUUAGGAAACCCGAUUGGGUAGCAACGCUUCCAAAUACUGGGAAAGUCAAAUACUCAAUACACAGCGAAUUGAAAUACUUUUAAGAACCUGAUAACGUGUAUAUUUUUAUCUGUACAAACCACUGUGUGAGUUGCUGCCACCUAGGGACUGGAGGCUUGUUAUCAUUCAUGCAUUACAGCAGUAAUACAUAUAGUAUUAUACUAUAAAAAGUAAUAUACUAUACUAAUAGGAUUCUAAAAAAAAUCUUCAAAAUAAAAGUUUCUAAAAAUC